AUGUGUACACAUGUGUGAGCCAUUCAGCCAGCGCACAGGACGAUUGCUCCCUUGGAUAAAAGCCUGCCUAAGAUGUCUGGCGGUUGUGCAGGCUGUAGCAGGAAUGUCUGUUGCUGUGGCACCAGAAGCCCUUCAAGCUUGAUGCCCUGCAAGAGCAGUGUGCCUGGCAGUGGCUGUGCAGACAGAGCCGGCCUCCAUGUAUGGAGAGGGACCUGUAGCUGAACAGGAGGGAACUUACUCUUCAUUACUCCGGGCGUCCGCACGGACUAGGGGCCUGGAUACGAUCUGAGCGUGGGCAUGAGCUGUCCAGCUGAGGGCAUAGUCUGGGCACAUCAACCCUUAAUUUCCUCCUUGUACUUCGGACCUGAGCUGGUUCUAACCUGCCUUCAGUGGUUUCCAAUCCCCAAGGAACAGGGACACGGGGCAUAACCGGAAGGAGAAUGUAGGCACCUCUUCUUGGUGCUAUGAGGUGUCUCUGCUGGGGAGAUCUGCACAUCCAUAAGGGAAGCUGUGGCUUCCUCUUUCCACUCUCUGGAGACACCCAGGCACCCAUCCUGUGUGUUGUUGGGGAGGAGGUGACUUGGUUGGCUGUUCCUUGUCCCAGUCAGGGUCCUCCUACACAGCAGAACUGGAGGUAAAUACUGAGUUGCCUUGACAACCAAGCUGAGUCUGGGCUCCAAGUGCUCCUGGCUUGAGAAGCUUUCAUUGUCUCAAGUUUCUAAGAUGGGUUUCUAUUUUGAUUUUUUUUUUUAAUUAGCUAGUAUGACUAAGAUUGCAAAAUGCCUGACCUGGUUCCUGUAAUUUCUUAAUAAACAUUUAUACUCUUUUUAUAGGAGGAACAUUUCUGUGAUUCAUUGACUUUUUCUUUUAGGUUGGUAAGGCAGGGUGGGGGCAGCACAGAGGGCACCCCACUGUUGACAGCUGGCACAGCGUAGGCUUCAGAGUACUGGCUGAGAGCCAGAGACGGGGAGCGCUUACGUAAACACCACACCAGGAUUUAUUGGCUUUGAGGCUGAUUAAGUUCCAUGGAAAAUUUUGGGGAGCUGGUUCUCUUCUCCUGGAGUGUUCAGAUGCCCAUAAGUGGAGCUUCCAGAGCCCAGGGGCCACCUACCUUCCAGAUCAGGGCCAAUCCUCCUGGAGGAGGCUAGGGUGUGAACUCAUUUUACACCUUAGCCAUGCCAGUAAAGAUUAUGUUCACUGUUAAACUCUAACUGCUCUUGUAGGCAGCUUGGCAGCCUGGGCCAUCUGCACCUGGCCAGGCUGUCCUGCCCACAUGCUGUUGGUGGGAACGUCCCUGUGGGAAUGGCCAGCCCGUGAGUGGAUUCAGCAGCAGGUUCCCAGGCCUCCUGUUUUGCCAGGGUCUUUGCUCUGCCUCACUGUCGGCCACCUUAUACAGAGUUCCCUGCCCAACAAGGAGCCAGGUGAGAGGCCCUUCGCCUGCAGCUGGCAGGAGUGUAACAAGAAGUUCGCACGCUCGGACGAGCUGGCGCGGCACUACCGCACGCACACGGGCGAGAAGAAGUUCAGCUGCCCCAUCUGCGAGAAGCGCUUCAUGCGGAGCGACCACCUGACGAAACACGCGCGUCGCCAUGCCAACUUCCACCCGGGCAUGCUGCAGCGGCGCGGUGGGGGCUCGCGGACGGGCUCGCUCAGCGACUACAGCCGCUCCGAUGCCAGCAGCCCCACCAUCAGCCCGGCCAGCUCGCCCUGAGCGCCCGUCGCGCCUGGACCGCGCCCCGCCCCCUUGAUAAUAGGAAAGCUGAGUGAACUUGAGAAGUCCACAGCAAAACACUUUUCUUCACCUCAGGUGUCAAUUUUUAACAAAAAAAAUCGUUUUUUCAAAAAAAUAUAUACACGACCCACAAAUUGCACAAUAGAGCUAUCCACGAAGUUGAGAUUCAACGGUGUCGAAACCCCCCCUUUCUCAGGGAUGGACGCGGUCCACGAGGUCAGUGAGGGCACGCCUUUCUGCCGCCUUACUCUGUACAUAGAUUUGCACUCUGGAGUUUUCUGUGAGGUUGGGAAUCACACUGGGGCAGAACAGGCCAACUGGGAGCAGAUGUGGCCACCGACAUUGUGAUUUUGCAGCAGACCCUGAAAGGCCUGUGCCCCCUUCCUGCUACCACUCAGUGGCACCUCUGCCCCUUGGCCUGGCUUCUGAGGGACUAGCCACCUCACAGGGAUGCGGGAAGCCAUGACAGACCGUGGGAGCAAUUGCCUGUGGAACCGUGGAGAAGGACAUCUGCCUUCUGAGGUAGUCCUGCCUGCCUACCUGCUUGGCUUUCUGCCUCCAGAAAUCCUCAGAAAAAUGGAGACCAGAUGCAAACCCUGCCUGGAUUGGCAUCCUAUUGCUGCCAAUAGCCCAGGGAGGCGACCUGGGCCCUGCCUACCCUACAGAAGGCACCUGGGACCCUUCACCAUCACACCAUGUUCUCAGACUGGGAAAUAGUGCCCUGGGCAUGUUGUGCUGAAACUGCUUCCCCCCAAAUUGGUGUUGUUUCAUCCAGUUCCCCCAAGCUCUCAUGCCCUGGGCCACUGUGGAGGCGCCUCUGUUUGAAGCAGGACCAUCAUGUGGCCUCUGCCUCUUCAGUCUGUGUGUGUGGCCUUGCCUGUGGCAGCACUCACACAUCCCACAGAGACUGCUGGUGGAACUCGCAGAUGCUGGAGAAACAAGGAUUCUGCUUCUCUGGGGGGAGGACACCACAUGACAGUUGUGGGAAUCACCUUCUCAGAACCUUGAGUGCAGACUUAGCAAACACCCAGUUCCACCCUUGUUGCACUUCCCGCUUUCCCUCCAGUUUCUGCCUGCCCUGCCUGGGAGGACCCAAGCCACACCCAUCUGCACGGCAGGAAUGGGGAGGGGACGGCUGGGAAAACAGCUGAAGUAGAAGCCAGGCCUGACCUGUUUCUUCUGGAGCCCAGACCUGGGCUGCUGUGUUGGAUUCAGGUGCUCGGCCUGGUUGGCAAGACCGUGUUCUGGUUGCUCCUCUGCAGAUCCAUGGAGGGUCCAUCUGCUCCCACCCUGCAGAGGCCCAGGCAUUUCCUCCCCUUCACCCAAGAACUGGGGCCUAAGAACAUAAGGUCCCAGGUCUGAUCAGAUAUAUAUGUGUAUGUGUGUAUGUGUGUGUGUGCGUGUGCGCGCGUAUGUUUCGGUUGGGUGGGUUUGGGAUGGAUUUGGGGUGUCUUACAGAGACCUCUCUUCAUUUUGAUAUGGAGGAUCAGCCCCUGUGACUCAGAGGGCCGUAGAUGGGCUUCCUGGGCCCAGAGUGCCUUGGUUGUGGUCAUUCUGCCUCCACCCCAGCCCUUACACAGUGUCGGGGGCAGCACAGGAAAAACCCAGAGACCAUGCCCAGCCAGGUCUGCAGUUUCUGACUGUUGUCAUGUGGCUACCAUGUAGACCUGGGGCACCGCUUUCUGACUACCUGUGUCAGCUUUGAGAGGCUAAUGGCAUAUGGUGGCUUUUGGUGGCACAGUGGGUGCUGAGUUGGGCUGUGGCGUUUUUGCUGCCCAAAGCAGGCGUCGUGGUUGGGGGGAUGGUCCCUGUCCUGGUCCAGUGCAAAGCUAAAGCUAGCGACAGCUCUGCUUGCAUUUCAUCUGGGGAGGAGAACGGAAUAUGUGUGGCUGGGACCUUGACUAAAGGGAACCCUGGGUGCUUGGGGUGUGGCGAUCUUCGUGCUGAGUUCCAAAGUGUAGUCCCCUCCCAAAGUCAUUUGUGUGAGGCAGAGGAAGCCACACUCUGAACACAUUUCAUGUCUCAGGAAUUCACAUUCCAGAUUCAGGAAUUUUAUUCCAAAGUCCUUUGGUGCACCUACAUCUAUGGUUCUGAAGACAGAGCGAUGCAGCAGUGUGCCCCAAAGGCCAGCCAAGGCCUCUCCUUGGGAAGAGCCAGCUGCCUCCUUGUGAUAUACCUGCAGAGUCACACAGAAGGCGGCUUUCCAACUCAGCCACUGUCUGCACUUAGGAAGGGUAAAAAAGGACUCUAAGCCCCAUCAUCUUGGAAUAAAAGAAAGAGCUGGUUUGUUGUAGAGUGGGUUGGGGGGUGGGGGAGGGAAAGCGGGCGUAGGCUGUUUCCAAAGAGCACUUAAUUUAAUUUUUUCCUCUGAAUGACCCAGGGCUGUUCCAUCUGAUGGAUGGAAGGGUAACGUUGCCUUAAAACAGAAAUAUGCAGGCGUUGGCUAUUUUUGGCAAAUGAACGUGUCUUCAUUCCCAAAGUGGUUCUCCUUUAAUGGCAGGGUGUGGUCCUUCAGCAUGGGGCUAAGGCAACCCUCAUGGAACCCCCUAUAUCAUCUGGGGCUUCAGUUCAUCUCAUCAGCGGGUGGGAUGAGGGGAGGAACAUGAUUAGACUCAUUUCCAGUGGGUUAUCAUUAGGUUCCCAUCUUGUCAUAAACAAGGGAUUCCUUCUAAGGUACAGCAGAGUCUUCCCAGCCUGGGUCUGGUGCGGGGGCUUUGAGUUUUUUGCGGUUACGGCCAUACUCUCUGGUUUCAGUUUGACUGAGAAACCUAUAGGGUGCCCAGAAAUAAUACUGAAAAGUCCAAUCCUUUUUUUAGGGGCAGGAGGCAGAGAUCCCACAGUGAAAGUGCCUGAGUGAAGAACGGGAGAGUUCCCUGUAGCAGUGUCUAAAAGGAAGUCUGGACUUCAGCCAUCAGGGGGCUGGAGUUUAGCUCCUGUCCCAAAUGAAAACGUCCCUCUUUGCAUCAGCCAUAUUAGGGGGUCACUGUCUGUUCCCCAAAUGCCUACUGAAUCCUACAGCCAUACAGAAAACAGCCCUUUUCCAAAGAGGGCCCUAGGUUCUCUCUUGAUGGGUGCUAUGUAGGGAUGGACAAUGAUGCCCUCGAUGGGAGUGUGGCCCUACUUGUAUCCUGCCAUGUCCCCUACCCACAGGACCUGAGGUGCAAAGUCCCCACUUCCAGCCCAUCCCAUCUCAACUUCGUUCCGAGGCCAACCCUGGGACAGGCACAGGAUUCACCAGCGUGCAACCUCCCCGGGUGCAAAAACCCUGGUGAAGGGUGUUUCCAUGUGGGAAAGAGGGAAGAUGACAUUCUGUGGCUCCAAGAGAAAUGUGGCAGGACAGAGGGGUUACCUUUCAAGACUUCCUGUCCAGGAGGCUGGCCCUUUUCUAGCCAGAAGCAGGUGCUAUGACAUGCACAAGGUCACAGCAUUUCCUAGAGGCUUCAUCUGGGGUCUCCACCAAACAGGGGCACCUUCCAUGUAAGACACAUCUGAGCAAUAGCUUGGCCUCGUUUUCUCACUCCUGGUUGUGGCUUUGUUUACAAGGCUAUCUAGUUUGACUUCUGACAGGUGUUACUGAUUGCUGCCCCUCUCCCCAACACACACACACACACACACACACACACACACACACACACACACACACACAAAAGGCCAUUCUGCCAGAGACAGUGCUGGAAGGUUUAUGUAUAGCCAUGUUGCAAUCAGUAAGAAAUGCUUUAUAGGUCGCCCACAUUUUUUUUUUUAUUUUUUAUUUUUUGCUGUCCAAAGUUUCCUAUGUGAGUCCUGGUGGCCGUGUCUCUCAGAGCUAAAACCCAGAUGUGGACUCAACUGUUUUGAAAUCAGGAUGGCACUAGGAAGAGCCAGGUCCUCUGACUAAUUUUCCUGAUUCAGAGUCUUUGAAGGUUUGUCCUGGACACAUUCCAGAGAAUUUUGUACCCAAACAUGGAUGCUCAAUCGAGCUAACUACUGAUACAGGCCCGAGCACUGCUGAGGGAGAGGCCCUUCCUCUUGCUGACCAACUGACCUCCAGCGAAAGGAGCAGAACUGGCCUGGAGGCCCCCGUCCGCCAGGGAAAGGAGGCUUGCUUGGUUUCUGUUGACACCCCUCCCCCCCUAACAGGGUUAGUGGACUUGUCUUGGAACUCUCUAGCCCAGCCCAGCUUCCCUACCCCCAUCCCCCAAUCUCACACAGCUUUAAAACUUCACUACUUUGUUUAGAAACAAACAGGAUGGCAAAGAAGACACCUCCCCCACAUCCCUGGGACUGGGCAGGAAACGUAGGUCAGGCGUGGGGGCGGGGUUUCUCCCUGCUGUUUCCCUAGAGCUCCUGCGGGGCUGCCCGUUCGCAUUAACAAGGUCAGCUUGUGAGCUGGUCACCUGUGGGCCAGGCUGCCCUAGUCAGAACUGAGAGCCUAGAUUUCAGAGUGUCCCUUGCCCUGGAGCAGUUGGGGCCACUUCUCAGACGCAGCCUGAUAUCUCUUCAGUGUCAGACCUGAAUUAGGAGGACUACCCUGGUGUGUGAGCGGAAGGACCUCUCUGUUCUCCCUUGCAUACUGGAGAGGCCCCGGGGUGCCUGGUGCAUUGUGACGUCAGAGCUCCUAUCCUUGGUGACUGGAAAUCUCUGUUGUGGUUUUGUUGGCUAGACCCAGGUGACUGCUUUUCAUACAAAGCCAUCGGUGGAACUUCUGUGGGAUCCUUUGCCAAACCCCAAGGCAAAAUCCAAGAGUCCAAGGCCAUUUCCAUCAAGUUCCAGAUUUUCUUUUCUAUAGGAACUUCUUUUUUUUUUUUUUUUUU